AUGGGUGACGACAGCAGCAAGAGCAGAGCAGAUGAGACGCUGCCCAACGGAGCGGCGGCAGAAGAAAAGGAGAAGCCUUCGCACCCCCAGGCAGCAAAGGGGUACUCCAACCGCAUCAUUUUGACGACAUACCCGGGCCAGAGCGUGGUAAACCCGGUCGACCUGGUAUGGGGAGCGUCGGACCCCCAGAAGCGCGGGCCGGUGCUGGUGUCGCGCAACGGCGAGACGCUGGCGCGGCGCAACGCCAUCGGCGCCCACGGCGGCAGCUACUCGGUGUACAACGCGCUCGCGAUAGCGGCCGGGGACCUCCCCACCAACUUCCGUCCGAGCUUCGUCAACACGGAGCCGACCUUCGACUUCCCUCAGCAGCCGGCCUGGUCGGACCCGACGCGCAUCGUGUCCAUGGACCCCUUCGGCCACGACACGGUGCGGCACUUUGGCGCCCUGCUGGACCGGGGCCUGGACGUGCGGCCCACCAUCGCCGUGACGCGGGCCAACAUGCGCGUGGCCGAGAUGACGGACGCCAUCCGCGCGGGGACCCUCCCCGUCGACGGGAACGUCGUCAUCAACGAGGCGGGGGACGUGCGCGUCACCAAGUGCGCCGUCGAGCCGGUGUGGUACCUCCCCGGCGUGGCCGCGCGCUUCGGCAUCGACGAGGGCACCCUCCGCAGGGCCCUGUUCGAGCACACCGGCGGCAGCUACCCGGAGCUCGUGACCCGGCCCGACAUCAAGGUCUUCCUGCCGCCCAUCGGCGGCCUGACCGUGUACAUCUUCGGUCCGCCCGAGCGCGUGUCCGACCCGAACGUCAAGCUGGCUCUGCGCAUCCACGACGAGUGCAACGGCUCCGAUGUCUUCCAGUCCGACAUCUGUACCUGCCGGCCCUACCUGGCAUUCGGCAUCCAGGAGGCUAUCAAGGAGGCCCAGAACGGAGGCUCGGGCGUCGUCGUCUACUUCCGCAAGGAGGGGCGCGCCCUGGGUGAGGUGGUCAAGUACCUCGUCUACAAUGCGCGGAAGCGUGGCGGCGAUACCGCCGACAAGUACUUUGAGCGCACCGAGAAUAUUGCCGGUAUGAGAUUCCAAGCUCUCAUGCCCGACAUCCUCCAGUGGCUCGGCAUCAAGAAGAUUGACAGGAUGCUGUCCAUGUCCAACAUGAAGUACGAUGCCAUUGUCGAGCAGGGAAUCCCCAUUCUCGAGCGCGUUCCCAUUCCGGAUGAAUUGAUCCCCGCCGACUCGCACGUCGAGAUAGACGCCAAGAUCAAUGCCGGGUACUUUACACAGGGCAAGAAGUACAAGGAGGAAGAGUUGAAACAGAUCAAAGGUCGUGGCUGGCAAGGCUGGGAAGACGUUGCGCACUGA